AUGUCUGCACGAGUGGAGGUGGUGCUUGGGCAUGCGGUGGUUCAGCAGGCGCUGUUCCCCGACAACAGCUACCGCCACGACAGCGGCGGCGACCCCAAGGACAUCCCGGACCUCACCUUCGAGCAGUUCCAGGACUUCCACGCGCGCUACUACCACCCCUCCAACGGCCGCUUCUGGUUCUACGGCGACGACGACCCUGUGAAGCGCCUCGCCAUCCUGGACGCGUACCUGGGGGAGUUCGAGGCGCGCCCAGUCAGCAGCGCCGUUGAUACGCAGGCGAGGGGUUGGGAGAGCGGCGGCGCGGGCGCGCUGCUGCCUGAGCCGCGGCGUGUGACGGCGCACUACGCCGCUGGCGAGGGCGAGGAGGGCGAGGAGCAGAAGGCCUACGUGGCGGUCAACUGGGUGUUGACCGACGAGCCGCUGGACGUUGAGACCGAGCUGGCCCUGGGCUUCCUGGACUACCUCAUGCUGGGCACCUCCGCCGCCCCCCUGCGGAAGGCCCUCAACGACAGCGGCCUCGGCGCGGCCCUCAUCGGCGGCGGCAUCGACGAUGAGCUCAAGCAGCCCAUCUUCAGCGUCGGCCUCAAGGGUGUUGACGCUGCUAACGCGGACAAGGUGGAGGCGCUGGUGCAGGACAAGCUCAAGGAGCUCGCCGCCACGGGCUUCACCGCCUCGGCCAUCGAGGCGGCCAUCAACACCAUCGAGUUCAGCCUGCGUGAGAACAACACGGGGUCGUUCCCUCGCGGCCUCAGCCUGAUGCUGAGGGCCGUGGGGGCCUGGAUCUACGACAGGGACCCCUACGUGCCCAUCCAGUGGGAGGACGCCCUCAAUAGCUUCAAGUCCAAGCUGGCCCAGGGCGAGGACGUGUUCGGGCCCCUCAUCAACAAGUACCUGCUGGGCAACCCCCACCGCGUGACCGUGGUCAUGCUGCCUGAUGGCGAGCUGGCCAAGAAGACGGAGGAGGAGGAGACGGCGCGCCUGGAGAGCGCCCGCGCAGCCCUUGACAAGGAGGGGACGUUCUGA